AUGUCCUUUGAGCUUGAGAUUCUGACACUCGAGUCUCUGAAUUUUGUAUCAUGGCCGCAGCCACUUCGUGACUGCGAAGCAGUUGUUGUUAACUUGCCUAUAUGCUCUUUCUCAAAUUACCCUUCUUACCUUCCUUUGGUGCUUCGAUUCAUGAAGCAACUCAUGCCUAAAAUCGUGGUUACAUUGGAUAGGAGCUGCGAUCGAACUGACACACCGUUUCCUCAGCAUAUGAUUCUCGCUAUCCAGUCUUAUUCCGGUUUGCUCGAGUCACGUGACGCUGUUAGUGUUAAUGUUCAUCCAUACGUACUUCAAAUGAUUGAAAAAUACUAUCUUCAACCAGCAAUCGAGAAGCUUGUUUUGGGCCGUCUGCGUUCACAAGACAGAACACUUCCUUGGAAAAAUCUUCUCUUGUCGUCAGGGUUCUCGCCAUUGACGUUUAGCAACUUUACUGAGUCACAAGCUGAGUGUUUGGUACGGAGGAUUCCCGGCAGGGGAUUCCAUGUCGAGAAGAAGCAGAAUUCACUCGUGUUGUGCUGGCAAAGGAAGGAUCUCAUCUCGAUUUCAACUUGGAGAUGCUGA